AUGUUUACUGGUGUAAUUUUUUUAUUAUUCGCAACAGCAGUUCUUGCAACUGAGCCUUUUUAUUGGAGACUUUACAACGGAGAAAUUCCCAGUGAUGCUAUUUCUACUGAAGAUUCAAACGUGUUUAUUGGUCAUGCGGAAGAACAAAUCAACCUCCUCAAUUUUUACCCAGCCACACUCAAUGCGACAUCUCAAACAGCCACAACCGCUAUAUUAGCCAAGAAAGCUGUUAUUAGCAACAUAAACGCCAUUAUGGUCUUAUGUUCACCAAAACCAACUCGUUUAAAAUGGAAAUAUGUUAACAUUGCAUCUGUGCAAGGAGAUUUCUUGAAUAAUCUGGUUCGAGCGGGUUAUUACAGCGAUGUUUAUAGGUAUGUUGGAAAAGUGUUCCACGACAACCAAUGGAAAAUCUCAACAGUGUAUCAAUACGGACACAAAUGGGCAGGAUUAAGGCUUUGGCAUAAUAAGAGUGGAGAUGGAUUUACUAAGUUCUAUAAAUACUGUAGUUAUCGUAGUUAUUUCGUCAGUUUUGUUAAGAAUAAACGUGUUGGUUGGUGCAAUUUUUGUUACAUUAUCAUGCUUCAAUCGAUAAAUCACUUUGUUGCUGAAGCAGAUAAUGUCAGACGACAACCACGACCCAUAUCGUCUAAACACCGUCUAAAGGAUAAUGAUUUAAAGGUAUUUUCAUGGAAUGUUCGAACACUAAACCGUGAAGAGACACUUAACCUCUUGGAGCAGCAAAUAGCACGAUAUGGAGCUGACCUGAUUGCAGUACAAGAAAUACGUUGGACCGGAAAGAGAGUCUUGCAGAAGGAAAAUUUCGACCUGUAUUAUAGUGGUCACAGCACGCAAUGCAAAUAUGGUACCGGCUUCAUGGUGAUGAAAAAAGCUAAGGAAAUGGUGUUAGACUUUAAAGCUAUUAACGAGAGAAUGUGUGUAGUCAGAAUAAAGGGGAAAUUUUUCAAUAUCAGUAUUAUUAAUGUGUAUGCGCCUACUCUGGCUAACUCAGUCCAAGAGAAAAACAAAUUCUACGAUCACUUAGAAAAUGCAUAUGAUCAAACCCCAGUCAAUGAUAUAAAAGUGAUUAUUGGUGACAUGAAUGCCAAGAUUGGUAAGGAGGAGAUAUACCGAGGGUGUAUUGGAAGACAUAGCCUCCAUGAGGAAAGUAAUGACAACGGAAAUCGAGUUAUAAAUUUUGCAGCUUCAAAAAACAUGGUGGUAGGAAGCACAAUGUUUGAACACAAAACUAUACACAAGGCCACAUGGGUAUCCCCUGGUGGAAGAACCGAAAACCAAAUCGAUCAUGUACUUAUAGACAGAAGACACUGCUCAAAUCUUAUGGACGUCAGAACGUACAGGGGAGCAAAAAUCCAUCAAAAAAGAGACCACUACCUGAUUGGAGCGAAAUUGAGAGCAAGAAUUUCCAACGUUCAACAAAUUGAAGGAAAACAAUCAAGGAGAUACAAUACAUAUGCCCUAAAACAAGAAGAAACAUUGAUUGCAUACCAGAAUUAUAUUAAUGAUAACUUAAGAAUUGAAGAUGACGAACCAGUAAAUUCUAUGUGGCAAAGUGCUAAGGAGGUCAUAAAACAAGCAGCCGAACGCACUUUGGGUUAUGAAGAUAGAACACCACGAAACGAUUGGUUUGAUAACGAAUGCCAAGAGGUGACGAACAGAAAAAACGAAGCAUACCAGAAGAUGCAACUGGAGAAAACGAAAGAGGCAGAGGAGACAUAUAGAAAUCUUAGAAGAGAGGAAAAGAAAAUGCAUAGGAAAAAGAAAAGAAAAGAGAGUGAAAAGAGAACAUUGGACGAAAUAGAGCGACUCAAAAACCAGUCAGAAACGAGAAAGUUCUACCAAAGAGUCAACUAUAUGAAAACGGAUUUUAAACCGAAAGUCAACAUGUGUAAUAGCAUGAAUGGACAAAUUCUUACCAACAAGGCGGAGGUCUUAAAUAGAUGGGUGGAACACUUCUCCGAACUGCUGGGCUCUGAUUACCAAGAAGAAGGAGAAGAAUUAGAAAUACAAAACAAUGACCCAGUAAAAAUGCCCAGUUUGCAGGAUAUACAAAAAGCCAUAGAAAAGCUAAAGGACCAUAAAGCUCCGGGAAGUGAUGCCAUUACAGCGGAACUCUUUAAAGCCGGUGGGCAAAGAUUAGAAGAAGCUAUGCUGCAAAUCAUCCUAAAAGUUUGGCGCGAAAAAGAGAUGCCGGAUGAGUGGAACAUCGGAGUCAUAUGCCCCUUACAUAAGAAAGGUGACCAAUUAGAAUGCAGCAGCUAUCGUGCAAUCACACUACUUAACACUGCUUACAAAAUACUAUCUCACAUCUUGAUAGCUCGCAUAAGAAGAUACGCGACACCCAGUAUUACUGGUCGAUCGGCGAUAGAUCAGAUUUUCGUGUUGCGUCAAGUGCUUGAGAAAUGUUAUGAGUACAACAUCGAUACGUUUCACCAUUUUAUUGAUCUUAACCCGAGCUAUGAUACCAUCUCAAGAUACAAGCUGUAUCAGGCCAUGAAUGAAUUAAGCAUUCCAAAACACCUAAUUGAGUUGACAAAAAUGACAAUGUCGAAAGUGGUGUGUCGUGUAAAAAUACAAAAUGAAAUUUCAAAUGAUUUCGAGAGAACCGGAGGUGUGAGGCAGGGUGAUCCGCUGGCGGAUCUCCUGUUUGAUAUAGCGCUGGAGAAAGAAUAUGGGAUUACAAAUAAAUGCGGAUACGACGAAGUUUAUGUAUGCCGCGAAAAAACGAGACAAUUACAAGAAGGCAGUGGAAGAGGUCGUAUACCUUGGAGCUUUAAUAAACUGGAGAAAUGA